GGAGACGACUCGGAGGCGUGCGCACUGCGCUCAGAGCCUCUCCCGGCCAGCAAGGUGCGAGUCCGGCGCCGGUAGCAUAAUCGCCUCGGCUUGGCAAGCGAUUGCUCAGCACUGCAGUGAGUCUACUGCCCGACUAAAUACCACCCCGCCAUGGACCAUCCACGCUUUCCCUCGUCCUCGCACCACACCCACACCCAGGCCUCGCCCAGUCGCGGUCACGCCCCUACUUCCUCCGCCCAUCCCCCGCCUACUAAUACCCCGCUCUCCCGCCUCGCCAUCCCCUAUUCCGCCUCCCUGCCCUCACUCCGCAAACAAGCCCUGUCUCCCGCUCCCGGGGCAGACGACCAAGACAUGGCUGGCAGCCUCGCCGUCGCGUCUCCGACCCGCGGCGCGUCGCCUGCCGAUCUCCAAAAUCAUCUAUACCAGUCAUUCUUGACGCGCAAGACAGCAGAUGUCGCGUUGCGAAUCCGGGGAUCGUGGCACGCGAUCUAUAGGCUUCAUAGGGUGGUGCUCAUCCAGGCUUCCCUCUUCACUGCAGGCUUCGCAGAGAGCAAGUCCAAGCUCUGGGGGAGACACUUUGAACUGGACGUGAUCGACAUCGUCUUCGAUGACCCGAAUAUUACGCGUGCAGGUGAGUCUCGCGCCCCAGUGCUCGUCUCAUCCGUGGGUCUGUGACGGGUGAUUGUCGGUCGUGGGUGGGUAUGUGGUCAUGACGGACCUCCGUGCGAGGAGCCCGGAACCUUCUGUGGGGGAAC